AUGCCCUAAUUGUCGUGCAAGCUCACCCCUUCGCCUUACUACCAUUGUGGCCUACCGGCGUCCGCCGGCCAUCAUGGACUACAGUCUGGCGGCGCUGAAGCUAUUCUGCUGCCACCUGAACGACGUGCAGCCUUCCUCCUCUUCUUCCUCUUCUUCUUCCUCCUCCGCCGCCGCCAUGACCCUCUUCGGCAUCCUCUUCCAACGCGCCUGGCUACAGGGCGUCCUCCUCUCCGGCCACGGCGACGGCCGCUUCCUCCUCGACGACGGCUCCGGCGUCGUCGAGCUCUCCCUCUCCCCCGAAUCCCACCCUCAGGAGUGGAAAAAGGGUAUGUAUGUGAUGGUUGUGGGACCGUUCACCGCCCUUCAAUCUGCUAAUGCUCUGCCCCUCAUCAAGGUCCACAAAAUUGUCGAUCUCUCACCAUACCCUGACCGAGAAGCAAUGUGGCAUCUGGAAGUCAUCGAGGCGUGUAAAUUGUUUUACCUGCGUUCACUCGAAUGAGUUCUCAUUGCACAUGCAAAGUUCAGCUAAAAUUUGGGCAAAAUGCAGCUACUAUAUCUAAUCGAGUUAUCUUUAUAUUCAUUGCCCAAACUGCUGUAGUUGGGCAACUGCUGGUAAGCUUCCGCACUCUCCGCCCUUUUGAUGUCGCAGAUGAUCUCGUACAUCUUUUGUCGGAAACAAUGUAACGAUGUUUCUAAGAACUUCAAGUUUUGAUGAUCUGUGUGGAGAUGAUCUCAUAACUAAAAGGUGAUCUCUUGUUGGCUUGUUGUUGUUAACUUAUUAUUAGUCAUUCUGGUAUCUAAACAAUUUUGGCUGUUUGACAGAAGUUACCCUGAACUAGAUGUUAUGAUGUUA